CUGCUCUCGAAACGCAUGAUCGAACUCGAGCGUCAACAUUAGGGACGAUCGAGAGAGAACCGUUCUUCGAUUUUUUUAUUACGAUAAAUCUUCUGAAGAAUUUAUAAGAAGUAGAAUUGAUUGAAUAGAAGCCACUUUCUUAAGCUCGUCAUGGAGAAGACGACGUUGUUUCUUGUGAAAAAAAAGAAGAUACGCUGCAACCUGAUUUCGAGCUCUUCCGCAUUUACGAUGGAUAAGACGAAUAUUCUUCCUUAAGACGAGGAAAAGUUUCGAAGAAAAAGCCUGCAAAAUAUAUUAUCUUGUUUUAUAUCAUCGAUAUGAUAGGUGAAAAAUUUCCUUUUAUUGCAGAUUAGAGGACUUGAUAUAUUGUUGUAACUUGAUAAAUUUUAAUUCGUUUAUUAUUAUGUAAUAUAACACAAAAUAUUAUGUGAUAUAAUGCAAAACUUUUGAGACAGAAACCGGAUUGGAAAAGUCACACAGCGAUUCACGUCACGUGGAAAAUCCAAAUUGUCAACAUUCUCUGGUACCAAUACACGGAACCUCAAGAUUUUCAGUUUGUAUAUGAUAAACUCGCGUCUUUGUAAUCUUGCUCAGGUCUGCAGGUUUUGAUAGAUAAGAUGAAUAAUAGAGAUAUAAUCUACACUGUCGAUACGACGGUCGAAAAGACGGAUCAGUCAUUGUCGCGAGGGUAAACUGGAUAGGAGCAAGAAUCGGUGAAGAUGGACACUUUGAAUAAACCAAGGAAAAUGACUUCCGAAAACGAGAUUGAAGAUCAUCCAAAUCAUCCAGAUGAACAGAUCAAUGUCGAAAAACAGGAAGAGAAACUAAAGUACCCCAAAUCAGUAUUUUUCAUUGUUACCAAUGAAUUCUGCGAGAGAUUCUGCUUCUAUGGAAUGCGCACCGUCCUAGCGCUGUACUUAAGUGAUAUGCUAAAGUACGGCGAAAGCACAGCCGUAAUAAUCUAUCAUGUCUUCAUCUUUUUCGUCUAUUUCUCCCCGGUGCUGGGUGCAAUCGUGUCUGAUUCCUGGCUCGGAAAGUAUCGCACUAUUUUUUAUGUGAGCAUUAUUUACGCAAUUGGACAGUUGCUUUUAUCCGCAAGUGCAGCACCUACUUUCGGAUUACCCGCAAGGGAAUUGUCUAUAGUAGCCUUACUCCUGAUUGCGCUUGGCACAGGCGGGAUAAAACCUUGCGUAUCAGCUUUCGGAGGCGAUCAGUUCAUUCUACCUCAACAGGAACGACAAUUGGCGCUGUUCUUUUCUCUUUUUUACUUCUCCAUUAACACAGGUUCUCUGAUCUCCACUUUGCUCACUCCAGUGAUACGCGACACAGAAUGCUUCGGCGACGAAUGCUUCUCUUUGGCAUUUCUGAUACCGGCUAUUUUAAUGAUUGUAUCGAUUGUAAUAUUUUUCUCGGGAAAACGAAUGUACAAAAUAGUCCAGCCUACGGGUAAUCUUAUCGUCAGCGUUUCAAAGUGCAUUUGCCACGCGAUCUCCAAUAAAAUAAAAAGCAAAGGAAGGAAAUGCGAUCACUGGCUCGAUCACGCUGAUGAUACGUAUGAAAAGAAGCUAAUUGAAGAUAUCAAAUCCGCAUUACGAGUCCUGAAACUGUUCAUACCGCUGCCAAUAUUCUGGGCACUCUAUGAUCAGCAAGGUUCUCAGUGGACAUUUCAAGCAACGCGGAUGGACGGCCAGAUAGGCAAUUUCGUGCUGCUACCCGAUCAAUUACAAGCCGUCAAUCCGCUGCUAAUCAUCAUCUUCAUACCCAUUUUCGAAACCUGCAUCUAUCCGAUUUUUGAUAAGUUACACAUAAUCAACACACCAUUGAAGAAAAUCGUCGUUGGAGGAUUCUUAGCAAGUGUAGCCUUCAUCGCGGCUGGCCUUGUCGAAUUAGAGCUCGAGAAAACUUAUCCGAUAUUACCAUCAGAAGGAUAUGGUCAAAUUCGAAUUUUCAAUACGAUGAAUUGUUCCGUAAAUUUAGAUAUGGAACAGAACAUUGAAAUAAAACCACUGAGUAUGUGGGUAGAUUUAGAAAUAGAAACGCAUAAUUCGCGGAAAUUACCCUUCGAAGCGGAUUUCACAAUGUGUAAUAAUAAGGGCUACACCAACUUGACUGAUAAAGUGUCAGGAAUCAUUGAGGUUUCGGAAGCCAAAGCGAUGUCUUGGGUCAUAACGCCCGAAGGGUUGACAUAUCACUACGAAGAUUACGUAGAUAAGCCGAAUAAGACUAAACCGAUAGUUCGCAGUCUCAUCUAUCUAGCGUCCGAAGUGAACGAUAACCCUAGAUACUUGAGAUUCGUCAAAUCAGGCGAGACGGUCUUAUCAAUAAUGAUCAACUCGACUUUCGCUCCUUCGGAUCUGAAACAAUUCGAGAAGCCAAACAAAUAUGACGUAUACUUGGACGAUUAUCUGAUGAAGAAAGAGGUGCCCUUCAAACUCGGUGGAGUGUACACUGUAGUGGGUAGUUUCGUGCCCGCGCUAAAAGAGGAUAAGAUUAGCAUUGAAAUAAUCACGGUCACGCAGCCCAACUUGCUUCACAUGGCUUAUAUGUUGCCGCAAUACAUCAUCAUCACCAUGGCCGAGGUGAUGUUUAACAUAACGGGCCUGCAAUUCGCCUUCACCCAGGCCCCGAUCAGUAUGAAAGCUCUACUGCAGGCAGGUUGGUUGUUGAGCGUGGCCUUUGGUAAUCUCAUCGUGGUGAUCAUAGAGGGUUCGCAUCCUUUCAAUCGGCAGGUCUACGAGAUUUUCUUGUUCGCCGGUUUGAUGGCAGUGAUUAUAGUGAUAUUUGCCGUGAUGACUAUAUUUUACAAAUAUGUGGAAAUGCCGGAGGAGGAAAUUAAUGAAGGAGCCAUAUCUCUAGAAGAAAAAAAGGGAAAUGUUAAUCCAAUCUACACAGAGGAUGAAAAGUGACGAUAAAAGUGAAACGAUCGAGUAAGUGACAUUUUUUAGGGAUUCUCUUAUUCGAACGAGAGAAGCUUCAAGAAAAUUAUCAAAAUUCUAUUUCUAUCAUUCUCGAAUGCAACAAAAAAAUAUAUAAACUCUUCAUAAACUCAUCUCUCUCUGUACAAUAAACAUUUUGUAAAAAAAAAGAAAACACUUAUAUACUGAAGAGAUACGCAUUGCAUUGAGUAACAAAAAUUCAUAAUAUGUUUUAAAAAAGAUGAUAGAAUAAACACACUUUAUAUUUUGGGA